AUGUUGAAUAUAUUAAUUAUAGCUCUGGUCGCGGCUUCGAAUAUAGUGUAUUGUAUGAAUGUCGACACAACACGAGUGGACAAAACAUACACGGUUCAGUUGCAAAGUGUUAAAAAUAAGUGCAUAUAUUGUAAAAUCGCGAAAAUAGUUACAUUGAAGCCAUUCAAGUGUCAUAAUGACUUCCUGUGGCGUUGUUUGGAUGAUUUAAAACAGUGGAAAAGGCGGCGAAGAAGUUCUGAUAACUUUCAAAAUGAAUUUAAAAACGAUCACAAGAAAUUAAAGUUCGCGGAUUUCGGGAUGAAUGAUUUGACUUCUUAUCAUAGUAGUGUAGAUAUUGUUAAGACUACGGCAUCAAGUGUGUCUGAUAAUAAAGCAGAUUUGCUAAAAAAGUUCGUGAAGAUAUGGCCCGUACAGAGAUGGCACGCGUUCGGUUUGUUUACCGAAGACUACCUGAAGCAGAUCAACAGUCACUGGCUGCAGUUCCCUCCCCCUGAUACACGUAUACAGUACACAUUUGGCAUCACAUACAUAUUCUUGGCGGGCACCGGAGCUUUCGGCAAUAUUCUUGUACUUCUUAUGUAUGUAAGAUGCCGCACGCUGCGUACUCCGGGGAACAUCCUCGUGGCCAACCUGGCGCUCAGCGACUUUCUGAUGCUCGCGAAAACGCCAAUUUUCAUCUUCAACUCGUUUAAUCUCGGACCUGCUCUCGGAAAAACUGGAUGCGUGAUUUACGGCUUCGUGGGUGGUUUGACUGGCACCACAUCCAUUGCCACGCUGUCAGCCAUCGCUCUGGAUCGCUACUGGGCGGUCGUUCGACCAUUGGAACCGCUGCGUGCACUGACAGCAAUACGGGCUCGUUUACUAGCAAUAGGUGCAUGGUUAUAUGCAUGCGUCUUUGCAAUAAUACCAGCUCUAGACAUCGGCUAUGGUAGCUACGUUCCAGAAGGCUACUUGACGAGUUGUAGUUUUGAUUAUCUCACUGAAGACUUUUCACCUCGAUGUUUCAUCUUUGUUUUCUUCUGUGCAGCGUGGCUUGCGCCAUUCUGCACUAUCACGUUUUGCUACAUCAGUAUAUUCCGAGUCGUUGUUUUCAAUACAAGUAUGUCUUACGGCAACCAAGAUCAACGACUAUCAUCAAGGCACGUAAAAGAGCGCACCAAACGAAAAGCUGAAAUAAAAUUAGCCUUUCUAGUUAUGGCAGUCAUAGCUCUAUUUUUCAUAUCUUGGACACCAUAUGCCAUUGUAGCUUUAUUGGGCAUUACCGGUAAAAAGGACGUUUUAACUCCAAUAACUUCAAUGAUUCCCGCAUUGUUCUGUAAAACAGCCGCAUGCAUUAAUCCAUUUAUUUAUAUUAUAACUCACCCAAAAUUUCGUAAAGAAUUCAAGAAAUUGUUAUUCAGGGAUAAAUCAAAGCGAAUGGGUGGAACGAUGAAAACGAUAGGGUAUUCCACUGAUACCACCAGAGUACACCGACCAAGUAAGGAUUUGAGUGACACUGAAGUGGAAAUAGUUGAAAUGAAAGAUAUACCUUAUCAGGUGAAUGAAAAGCGUGAAGUCAAGGUAAAGACAAUAUCAUCGAAAGUGGCAGAGAGACAGGACUCCCAAACUAGUAUGAGUAUAAAAAGUUUAGAAAAUAGCGUCGUAAGUCCGCCUUCCUGGUACACUAAGCCAAAAUUCUCGAAAAAGAAAAGUUUCCACCGACGUUCUACACGCACCAAUUGGUCACAAACCAGUGACCAAGAAGACCAGUGA